UGAGGAGCGUUCCAUUCGGCCAGCGGUGGGCGGUUGCCACAGCUGGUUUAGGGCCCCGGCUAUUGGGGCCCCUUGUCAGGAGGAGACAGCCUCCCGGCUAGGGAGGAGAAGUCGCUGCCACCUUUGGUGGCCGACGGCGGUACCCUGGGACGGUCCACUUCCUGCCCUUAGUUGCUGGCCGAGUUCGGUGUCCCUCGUUCAGGACCAGAAAUUGGACUUUUGAUGAUGUUUGACCCAGUGGCUGCAAUAGCAGGCAACGUGAUUUCAAAGCUGGGCUCAGCCUCUGUUUCUUCUUUCGUGUAAUCACAAAGCCCAUUUUGGACCAGGAAUUCUAACCAUGUCUGUGAUGGUGGUGAGAAAGAAGGUGACACGGAAAUGGGAGAAACUGCCAGGGAGGAACACCUUUUGCUGUGAUGGCCGCGUCAUGAUGGCCCGACAAAAGGGCAUCUUCUACUUAACCCUUUUCCUCAUCCUGGGGACAUGUACACUUUUUUUCGCCUUUGAGUGCCGCUACCUGGCUGUUCAGCUGUCUCCUGCCAUCCCUGUGUUUGCUGCCAUGCUCUUCCUUUUCUCUAUGGCUACGCUGUUGAGGACCAGCUUCAGUGACCCUGGAGUGAUUCCUCGAGCACUACCAGAUGAAGCAGCUUUCAUAGAAAUGGAGAUAGAAGCUACCAAUGGUGCGGUGCCUCAGGGCCAGCGACCACCCCCUCGUAUCAAGAAUUUCCAGAUAAACAACCAGAUUGUGAAACUGAAAUACUGUUAUACGUGUAAGAUCUUCCGGCCUCCCCGGGCCUCCCAUUGCAGCAUCUGUGACAACUGUGUGGAGCGCUUUGACCAUCACUGCCCCUGGGUGGGGAAUUGUGUUGGAAAGAGGAACUACCGCUACUUCUACCUCUUCAUCCUCUCUCUUUCCCUCCUCACAAUCUAUGUCUUCGCCUUCAACAUCGUCUAUGUGGCCCUCAAAUCCUUGAAAAUUGGCUUCCUGGAGACAUUGAAAGAAACUCCUGGAACUGUUCUAGAAGUCCUCAUUUGCUUCUUCACUCUCUGGUCCGUCGUGGGACUGACUGGAUUUCACACUUUCCUUGUGGCUCUCAACCAGACAACCAAUGAAGACAUCAAAGGAUCAUGGACAGGGAAGAAUCGCGUCCAGAAUCCCUACAGCCAUGGCAACAUUGUGAAGAACUGCUGUGAAGUGCUGUGUGGCCCCUUGCCUCCCAGUGUGCUGGAUCGGAGGGGUAUUUUGCCACUGGAGGAAAGUGGAAGUCGACCUCCUAGUACUCAAGAGACCAGUAGCAGCCUCUUGCCACAGAGCCCAAGCCCAACAGAACAUCUGAACUCAAAUGAGAUGCCAGAGGACACCAGCACUCCCGAAGAGAUGCCACCUCCAGAGCCCCCAGAGCCACCACAGGAGGAGACUGAAGCUGAGAAAUAGCCUAUCUAUGGAAGAGACUUUUGUUUGUGUUUAAUUAGGGCUAUGAGAGAUUUCAGGUGAGAAGUAAACCCGAGACAGAGAGCAAGUAAGCUGUCCCUUUUACUAUUUUUUUCCCCCCUUCGGUCUUCAGUCACCCAAUUGCACACUGGCAUUUUCUUGCUGCAAGCUUUUUAAAACUUCUGGACUCAAGGCAGUAGCAGAAGAUGUCAGUCAUCUCUGGUAACUGGACAAAUGGGUCUCUUGGGCCCUGACACUGCUUUUCCAUGGCCUUGGCCACAGGGUCUCCUUGGACUCCCCUCUCUUCCUUCUAGAUCCUAGCUCUUCUGCUUGGGGUCAUUGGUCUCAUUCUGGGGUUAAAGGUUCUGGGGUUAAAGGCUCAAAUCCUCCCAAGAUGCUGCAUGUCUGGAGUCUAGAGGCAGUCACAGAGACCUCUGGCUAGGGGAUCCUAACUGGGUUCUUGGAGCCUUCAAAAUUGAAGAGGAUGGAGAGUGGGGUUGGAGGAUUCUCCUGGCUACCAAGUGCCAGCAUUGCCAGCUAAUCCUUUUAGGAAUGGGGCAGGUAACUUCCACUUGUAUUUAUUCGUGUAGCUUCUCCUUUAUCCCCAGACCACUCCCUAACACCCAAGCCCACUUUUCCCAUUAGAUAUAUGUAAGUAGUCGUAGUAGAGAUAACAAUUUACAUUUCUCGUAGACUACCCAGAAACUUUUUAAUACCUGUGCCAUUCUCAAUAAGAAUUUAUGAGAUGCCAACAGCAUAGCCCCUCACACUCUCUGUCUCAUUCUCCCUUUUUCUCAUUAGCCCCUUUUAAUUUGUUUUCCUUUCUACUCUUGCUCCCAUUGGGAGCAGGACUGGCAGUAAUAAAAGUCUGCACUUUGGUGGUUUCUUUUCCUCAGAGGAAACCCAAGUGCUCACUUAAACACUACCCCCCUCAGACUCCCUGUGUGAGGCCUGCAGAGGCCCCUAAUGCACAAAUGGGGAAACCAAGGCACAGAGAGGCUCUCCUCUCCUCUCCCCUCCCUCGAUGUUCCCUCAACAACAACAACAACAACAACAACAACAACAAAAAGGCUAACCAAUGCUUCCAUUAAGCCUCGGCUGAGUAAGCGAAAGCCCAGCACUGCUGCCCUUCCGGGUAACCCACUCCAAGGCCUCAGCCCACCUUGGGCUAUGGUAACCACACCAGGGGCUUCUUCCAAGCCCCACUCUUCCAGCACUUCCACCAGCAGAGUCCCAGAGCCACUUCAUCCUGACUGGGGGUGGGCUGUGGCCCCCCGUCAGCUCUGCUCAGGACCUGCUCUAUUUCAGGGAAGAAGAUUUAUGUAUUAUAUGUGGCUAUAUUUCCUAGAGCACCUGUGUUUUUUCUCUUUCUAAGCCAGGGUCUUGUCUGGAUGACUUAUGGGGGGAGUAUAAACCAGAACUUUUAAUCUAUUUGAAGGCAAUUAAACUGUGUCUAAUGCAAACUGCCUGCCUCCUCCUUCCCCCUUCUAUUUCAAGAAUGUUUUUGUGUAGGGUGGGGGUGGGGGUUGGAAGGGGUUGCUUGUUACUAUCCACACUUCCGUUUCCCAGGGUACCUUUGGGUUGGAGAGAGAGCUCCCAAACUCUCCAUUGAUCUAUACUGCAUUCUGGGCUGAAGUUUAUCUUACUCUGGACUAUGAAGAAAGGACUUUCAAAGCAAUAUACAGUAUGAACAAGAUCAGGAGGGUAGGGGGAUUAUAUUUACUUAGGAGAAAAAGCUCUAUAUUAGGAUGUUGUUUUCAACAAGAUGGAUGCUAUUAAUUGCAAGUGAGUCUUGGUUAUUAAAGCAGGCUCAUCAGGGCCUCCCCUUGGAAAUAUUUGGUUAGUGGUCUUUUACAAGUGACAGUAUGUAUUUCUUUUUAAAUGGUGUGUAAUCCAGAUUCCUUACCAAUUCCUAUCUCACACUUCCCAGUUAAUCGGAAUUAAUGAAAUUUGGCUGCUUCCAGAUUUUUCUCUAUGUCUUCUUAUUUUCUUUGUAGCAGGAAUUGAGUUGAGCAUCCCUGAGGGAGAGAGAUUAGAAGAGAGACUGACUCAGAUUCCUCUUCUGCUUCUCCUUUCCCAUUCUUUUUCUGGCUGUUUUUUUAUUUUUUAUUUUUCUCACAGAUUUUAGAUAAUUCAAAAGAGCUCCAAGCCCGGAGAGUUUGGAAGUUAUUAAGUUUUCCCAUUAACCUGGCACUCAUAUGAACCACUUUUUAGUCAGUACUCAGCCCAUCUCCUCUCCUGGGCCAAGAUGAAUUUCUGUUCUCCCUCAACUUACCUCAACCACUCUCCCGCUGACCUUUAGGUUAGUCACAGAAGCUUUUUUUUUCUGAUGUGAAGGGUCAAAAUGGAAAUAUUUUAUCUCUAAUGUGAAAUGAUCUUUUUAAAGUUUCUGCUUUUUCAUACUCCCUUCCCUCUUUCUUUUCCUUUAUAAAUCUUCUGUAUUUAAGACCUUGGCCUGAAGCUCUGUCCCAUUCAUACCAUGCACCAGCUGGGACUGUCCCUAGUCUAAGUUCUGAUCAGAGGAGAGAUUGAAGAAUUGAUCUUUCCGAAGGGGAAAAGGGCCUUAUAUUGUUUGAUCUUUUCAGUGGCCGACACUCUCUCCAACUCUCCCCUUCCUUCCCCUUCCUCAAGCUUCCUAUGCACCCCACUUCCCCAAGCCAGGAUGGUUGGCACUGAUCCCAAACCUCUCGGGGCGGGUAGAAUUUGGCUCUGUUGGGCCGAUUUUUUCAUGUCCAUUUGGCUCUGAAGCCUUCCGGGCCCUAGCUGAGAUCAUCAUUCCCCUGUUUCCUUUUUUUCCCAGGAGCAGGGUUGGGUUAGAGGUGAGUUCUAAUUCUGUAGCAGCUAAAUUCCAUUCUUUCUGUCCUGACUCUCCUGCCUUUACCUCCAAGGCUCCUUUUCCUACUGACCAAAUCUCUUUACCUUGUUGGAGAAAAAAAGUAUUUUGUUUUUAAAUCUAUUUUCUAACUUAAAUGCAAUUUAAUAUGUAAAUCUCUGCACUUUUAUGUGAGCCUACAAAUGUGUAUGUGUUUGGGGUUUUUCACUCUCUGGUAUUUCUUAAUAAAGAAAUCUUUCUUUUGGGGGG